AUGGCUCACUCCGACUCUGAUGGAAUCUCGGAGCCUGUGCCCAAGACCCCCAAGAAGAAGGGUGUGGAGCCGCCGAGCGCUACACCUCCGAAAGUGAAGAAAAGUCGCAAGCGUAGCCCGUCCUCGGAAGCCGAGACGCCAGCGAAGCGCAAGAGAGGCUCGCGGGCUGGCGCUGAGCAGAUGAGAUGCGAGAUCUGA